UACGUGUCGUCGAAGAGAGCCACGAUUCGCAACCGUUUGCCAGUUUAAGCCUACGCGGCCACCUUUACUCGCGUUUUAUUGUUUCAUGUACAAGUGUUUAACGGUGUUGUUCUUAGAGUCCUAUUAAGAGCAUCGUUUAGUUGCACUGCUGAACAGUAAUAUUAAAGACAAAUAACGUUACGUUAUUAAAAUGGGAUUCAAAUUUUUGGAGGUAAUAAAACCAUUUUGCAGUAUACUACCAGAAAUAGCGAAACCACAGAGAAAGAUUCAAUUCAGAGAGAAAGUAUUAUGGACAGCGAUAACAUUGUUUAUUUUUUUAGUAUGCUGUCAGAUUCCACUCUUCGGUAUUAUGUCUUCGGACAGUGCAGAUCCUUUCUAUUGGAUUCGUGUCAUUCUUGCAUCAAAUAGGGGUACACUAAUGGAAUUAGGAAUUUCUCCUAUUGUUACUUCUGGUCUUAUCAUGCAGCUUUUGCAUGGAGCAAAGAUUAUUGAAGUUGGUGAUACGCCGAAAGAUAGAGCGCUGUUUAACGGGGCACAAAAAUUGUUUGGUAUGGUUAUCACUGUUGGACAGGCCAUUGUUUAUGUAAUGACUGGAAUGUACGGAGAUCCAACUGAAAUUGGAGCUGGUGUUUGUCUUUUGAUUAUCAUUCAAUUAUUUGUUGCUGGCUUGAUUGUACUACUGCUUGAUGAAUUGCUUCAGAAAGGUUAUGGUUUAGGAAGUGGUAUUUCUCUCUUCAUUGCCACUAAUAUUUGCGAGACUAUAGUAUGGAAAGCAUUUUCUCCUGCCACUGUCAAUACUGGUCGUGGAACAGAAUUUGAAGGUGCUGUUAUUGCUUUGUUUCAUCUUUUGGCUACAAGACAAGAUAAAGUACGAGCUCUUCGCGAAGCAUUUUAUAGACAGAACCUUCCUAAUCUCAUGAAUCUUUUAGCUACUAUUUUGGUAUUUGCAAUUGUUAUAUACUUCCAGGGUUUCCGUGUUGACUUACCAAUAAAAUCUGCUAGGUAUCGAGGUCAAUAUAGCAGUUAUCCUAUCAAAUUGUUCUAUACCAGUAAUAUACCGAUUAUUCUUCAAUCGGCAUUAGUAUCGAACUUGUAUGUCAUCUCUCAGAUGUUGGCUGUUAAAUUCCAAGGAAACGUAAUUGUCAAUUUGUUAGGAGUUUGGUCUGAUGUUGGUGGUGGUGGUCCUGCUAGGUCUUAUCCCGUUGGCGGAUUAUGUUAUUAUCUUUCGCCGCCAGAAUCAGUAGGUCAUAUCGUCCAAGAUCCGGUGCAUGCUGUUCUAUACAUCUUAUUCAUGCUUGGUUCAUGUGCUUUCUUCUCUAAAACCUGGAUAGAAGUUUCCGGCAGUUCUGCAAAAGAUGUAUGGAAACAAUUAAAGGAACAACAAAUGGUUAUGAGGGGACAUAGGGACAAUUCCAUGAUUCGUGAAUUAAAUAGAUACAUUCCAACUGCUGCAGCGUUUGGUGGCCUAUGUAUCGGAGCUCUCUCUGUACUGGCUGAUUUUCUUGGUGCAAUUGGAUCGGGCACUGGUAUAUUACUUGCUGUGACUAUUAUAUAUCAGUACUUUGAAAUCUUCGUUAAGGAACAAAGUGAAAUGGGUGGCAUGAGCACUCUAUUGUUCUAAACUUAAUAUACAUAGACUUUCAAAGUGAACUUUUUUAAUUUUGAAGAACUGAAAAUAAUAAUUUAUUGUAAAAUAAGAACGUUUGGCAAUCUCAGUACUAAUAUGUACCUGAUUUGCCAUAAAGUGAAGUCUUCAUCGUGUGAAUCAAAUCAUACAAUAUGUGUAUACAUUGUCCUGAUAGAUUUGUCAUAUUAUGCAAUUAUUUCAUAAAUUCUCUUAUGUAUGUUAGAAUUAUAUAUAUAUAUAUAUCUCCUUUUUUUUUGUUUAUUUUUUACAAAAGAAAUACGUUUUUUUGUCGCAUGUGUAAGUAAAAUAGCCGUUCGUUCUGCACUAUGUCUUUAGUGCGUAAGUCAUGCCAAUUGCAAUCAAAUGCAAUGACGAUGUGUAGAAGAGGAAUUCAUACAUAACUCUUAAAUGCUCGAAUAAAAAUGUGAAAAGUUUUUUGUCGGAUGCUCUAUGCGGUUCAUUUAAGAUGAAAAGUUUCUCACAAACGUGCGCGAGCAAUGUACAUAGUAAGAAAAUAAUUAAAUAUUCUCAACAUUUUUUACUAAUAUUUUAAACUCUGUAUAAUCCAGAGCUUUAUGAAAGACUCAAGACAAGUACGAUUAAAUUCGUAACGUUUAUAUGAAUUUAAGCAAUUAUGAAUAUAUACAAUAUGUAAUCAUUUUGUUCGGACGAGGCACCCACCUAGGGUAUUCGUACAGCAAUCAACUUGAACAUUGUUUGUUCAUCAUAGGUAUCAUCAUUCCUGUAUCAUUAAAGACAUAACACACAAUUUAAUUUCUUCAAUGUAUUUAGCACAAUGUACUUUUAUAAAAAGUAAAACUUA